AUGGCGAGCGCCAACGGCAACGGACAGCCUCUGGCGGUGCCCGGCGGGCGCAACGGGCACUCGGGCGCACACCUGCGCGAGAUGGGCUUUGCGGGCCCGCGCAGCCCGCCGAACAACAAGAGCACCUCGCACGUGCCGUGCAAGUUCUACCGCCAGGGCGCCUGCCAGGCCGGCAAGGCCUGUCCGUUUCUGCACUCGGACGAGCCCGUGACGGAGCGCGCGCCGUGCAAGUACUUCACCAAGGGCAACUGCAAGUUCGGCCACAAGUGCGCCCUCGCCCACAUCCUGCCCAACGGCCAUGUCGUCAACGCCAACAUGGGCCGCGCCCACUUCGGCCGCGUGCCGCUGCAUAGCCCGGAGCCGCCGCUGAACAGCUCGCUGCUGACCCUGCAGGCCCACAUGGCCCCGCCGCCGUUCGCCUACCCGCCCGACGACUACCCGCAGCGCCCGUACGACCACAUCCCGAGCAUCGACACCACCUUCUCGUCGCACCCGGGCUCCACCUACGGCUCGCCGCCCGACCCGCGCCGCGCCCUGUCGCCCGUGCAGAAGGGCCUGGGCGUCAUGGACGUGCCGCUGCCCGCCUCGUUCGACAGCCAGGGCAUCUCGCACAUGGCCCGCUACGGGCCCAUUGCCUCGUCCGUGCCUGCCAAGUUCCUGGCCGCCUCGCCGCCGUCGUCGUACCCCGCCGACUCGCCCGCCCUGCGCAACCUGCACGACUCGGCCUUUGGCCACGGCCCCGCCCGCCCGGCCCUGGGAACCUCCCCGCCCGACCCUGUCGACCCGCCCGCCGGCCGCCGCAUGCUGCACUCGGAGCUGGCCGCCGCCCGCUCGCGCAACCUCAUGUCGUCGAGCGUCGGCGCCCGCCCGCUGUACAAGGACGACGAGUGGGACGACACGGACAUGAUCGGCAAGUUCGAGGAGGACCUGCUGCCGCACUCGCUCAGCGACCUGCUCACUCCGCAGGAGCAGAUGCGCCGCUUCUCGCGCGACCAGGGCGACCCCGAGAGCAGCUCCUUCUCGCACCCGUUGUCCAUGUCGCGCCUCGGCGCCUCGCCCACCGCCUCGGACCGCUACGGCUCGCCCUCGCCCGCCACCGUCGCCGCCUCGCCCUCGCGCUUCCAGUCGCUGUGGGGUAAAUCGCGCCCCACGCCCGCCGACCCCUUCGAGUCCGCCUCGAACCCCGGCGCCUCCGCCUUCGGCCACGUCGGCUCGCCCCUGCGCAACUCGAGCCUGCACCCGGGCGCCUCCCCCUCGCUGCGCGCCCUCACCCGCUCCUCCUCCGGCGACACCUCGCCCUUUGUCGCCUCGCCCCCGCGCCAAGCCUCUAUGAGCAUCAUCAGCCAGCAACUCCAGCGCACCCGCCUCACCUCCCGCGAGGACGCCCUCCCCAGCCCCCCGACCUCCAACCCGCACCGCCUCCCCGCCCCGUCCCUCAACAACCUCGGCGGCCCUGCCACCCGCCUCACGCCACUCGACCGCACCCUCAGCAGCAGCAGCAUCAGCCGCGAGCGCAUCGACGAAGAGCAGGGGCUGUUCAGCAUGGAAGAAGAAGAUGACGUGAAGAAGAGUGGCGACGGCGCGAGCACCACGAGCAGCUCGAGCGUGAAGCGGCUGAGCGGGCUGAGCUGGGGGAGUGUCGGGGGCAAGGGGAGUCCGAGUCUGGCGCCCGUCGCGCAAAAGGGUGCACUGAGUGGGCUGGGGAGGGUCGGCGAGGGCGCUAGCGCGGGCUGGGGUGGUAAUGCGUAGCGUAGGCCACAACGACCAUGGAUGGGCACGUGGAAAAUCAUGACAACCCUGGAAGAGGAAAAAAGGAAAAAAGGAAAAGUCACAUAUACACCACACACUUUCUCGAUUCGGAAAAGCAACGUGGUCCCGCGCCGAGGACAUCACGCCGCCUGGCUGGCUUGCAUCAAGGCACCAUAGGCGUUUUUUGCAUCUCUCACUAUGUUCACCACAUCUCUCACAUAUACAUCA